AUGGGCAAAAUAUCUCUCGCACAAUAUCUUUUCACCCGUCUUCGUCAAAAUCGGGUCAAAUACAUGCAUGGUGUUCCCGGCGACUUUACGCUGAAAGCACUAGAUUACUUGAAACCGGCCGGUCUGCAGUGGAUCAAUUCUUGUAAUGAAUUAAAUGCAGGAUAUGCUGCUGAUGGCUAUGCCCGUGUCAAUGGCAUGGGGGCGCUAUUUACCACCUACGGCGUGGGGGAGUUGAGCGCGAUCAACGCAAUCGCAGGCUCAUUUGCAGAGCACGUGCCAGUGGUCAGCAUAGUCGGGACACCCCAGCGACAAUUACAAAGACAGCGAUUGAAUGUCCACCACACUCUCGGGGACGGUCGGCCUCGAGUGUUCGCGGAGAUGGCCAAACAUGUCACAGCCGCCCAGGCACAUCUCUUCGAUGAGAACGAGGCUCCAGAAAUGAUCGAUGAGGUCUUGACGACAUGUUUGAGGAAUAGCCAGCCUGUUUAUAUUGACUUACCUUGCGACAUGGUGGCGAAGGAGGUACCUGCCUCGAGGUUAGAUGUGCCACUGAACGGGAAUUCUGCUAUCAGCAAAAGUGUCAGGACUACAGAGGCACUCCUGACAAAAAUUCAUCAGAGGCUCCAAAACUCGAAACAACCCCUACUCCUUAUCGACUCUGGCCAUGGCGUGCGUGGCCUAAGCAAGGACAUCAAUUCUUUUGCUGAGAAGAGCGGAAUCCCUACUCUAGCCAUGCCUUCAGGUAAUGGAAUGGUCAGUCACAGUCUGAAGAAUUUCUAUGGUGUCCAUUCUGGUCCGGUUGGCCGAAUUGACACCAUGCCCUACGUCGGCGCUUCUGAUCUGGUCAUUUCAAUCGGAGGGAUGUUCUCAGACACCCAAACACUCGGUUGGCAGGUGGUUCCGGAUGAGAACAACAUGAUCGUGAUGCACAAAGACUCCAUUCGGAUCCCAGGAGAACCGACUGCAAAAAUAGCCCUCGAACGAUUUCUACCUGCUUUGACGGAGAGCAUAACGCCGGACACUUGGAACAGACCAGAUGCUACGUCGCUGGGUAAUUUUCGCGAUUUCAGACCCACGAUAAAGGAUGCAAACGACCAUAUUGAUCAAGAAAACUUCUACCUUUAUCUCAAUGAGCAUCUACGCCAGCAUGAUAUUGUGCUAUUGGCGAACGCCACACCUAUACUUGGAGGUCGAGACCUCAUUCUGCCCGAAUCAUCACGUACCAUAGCAUCAGGUCAAUGGUUCUCGAUAGGGCACAUGCUACCAGCCGCACAAGGGGCUGCACUGGCGCAAUGGCAAUCAAGGAAGGAUGCCGAUAGGUUGAAUAGGUCGACGACGGACGUAGGCCGUACUAUACUCCUCGAUGGAGAUGGAAGUUUUCAAGCUACAGCACAGGAGCUUAGUACUGUGAUUCGAUAUCGUAUCCCUUUGACCAUUUUCAUUGUCAACAAUUCUGGAUACGCCUACGAACGCCACAUCCAUGGCCUCGAAGAGGACUACAAUAAUCUUGCGCCGUGGCGAUAUUCGGAAAGUCCAUUUUGGUUUGGGGCCAGAGACAAGAGUCAAGAGUGGUCGGAUUACCCUGUUUCGACUGCCAAAGUGGAGACUUGGAGUGACCUUGGUCAUGUAUUGAACAAUCAGCGUUUCACGGACCCCAGAGGCCUGAAAUUGAUAGAGGUCAUCAUUGGCAAAUAUGAUGUUCCCACAAAGUUUGAACAAGUGUUCAAAGCUGCAGGCGAGAAACUGGGUUGA